AAUUUGCACAACUGCUGAAGAAGACACGAUGUCGAGCGGCGUGUACAUCGCCGUUUAUUGCCUCGUCGUGCUUGCGAUGCUGCUGGUGGCUGGGUACGCCUACUAUGCGUGGCAAGGAUAUCGGCAAGCGAUGCGCGACGCGCUGGUGCGACGACACGAGCGCGACUUGGAGCGAGGACAGCACAUGGAUCAAAACAACUUCUGGCGUCGAACGGACCCUCGCAGCCCGCCGUCAGUGAUUGAAGCGGUGCCGGUGGCGUUCCAAACGCCAUUCAUUAGGCCCACAGAGGUGACCUACACUACCGGGAUCAAGGUCGACCUUUAACCUCGAUAUUCUGUUGCUGUCAGUACCACACGCCGUUCUACUAAACUAAACAUGUUGAAUUAUUGUGCUAAAACUUGUUGGCAUGGCUUGACGCCAUCGUGGGCUCUCAGUUAUCUAUCCGCUAAGCGUCUUACCUCCAUC